AUGAUCUUCGACAUCUUUAGAAGAUUUCAAAGGACUAAUCCCAGUCAACUAGCCCUAAGCGACGAGGAGCAGUCGGAUUUCGACGCCGACUUCGAAAUGCGCUCGCGUCCUAGUCCGCCCUCUCACUCUUCAGACGACGGAGAGAAGACCAACAAUGCCACCACCUCGCGCAGAAAGUCCGAGGUCAAGAAUCUCAAAGAGGAUUCGGUGUCAGAUAAAGUAGAGGAUGAGCUCGAAGAUGAGGCCGGUGAUGGAGAAGACGAGGAAGAUGACGACGAGGAAGAAGAGCUGUUUGUGGUGGAGAAGAUCCUGGGCCAUAUGGUGGACAACAAGGGAAAUAUCCGGUUCCAGGUAAAAUGGGAGGGCUACGACAGUAAAAAGGACCUCACAUGGGAGCCUGAAGACAACCUCACAGAGGCAACAGAAGUUCUCCAGGAAUAUUUUGCGGGUGUAGGCGGCCGACAGGCGAUCUUGGACCAAACCGAGAAAGCCAAAGCGAAGAAGCGCGGCCGUCCUGGUAGCGACCAACCGGCAGGCACCAAACGACAGCGCAAAAACGGAGUGCACCCUGCCGAUACGGAACCGCCGGCGACGAAGAAGAAGUGGCAACCCCCAUCUGGAUCGUGGGAAGACGAUAUCGAGAAUAUCGACGCCUGUGAAGAGGAAGGAGGGGGAAAACUGGUUGUCUACCUGAACUGGAAGAAUGGGCAAAAGACCAAGCAUGAGACAUCGGUCAUCUACAAGAAGUGUCCCCAGAAGAUGCUUCAAUUCUACGAACGACAUGUGAAAAUCAUCAGGGAGGAAAACAAAUCUUUGGCCAAUGAUGACUGA